AACCUUUUUUUGUUUUAUUAAUUAAAUAUUACUAAUUAUCUGUGAUUAGUGUCCGCUCCCGAAGACAUCGAUGACUGUCGGCGGCAACACAGCGGUGGCCAACCGUAUGGCAAACGCCGGCCGACGGCUGUCACAGCACUUUCCCUAUGCGUUCAGUCAGUGUUUGGCUGAGGUCACCAACACAUCCACCGAAGACACCGCACACACACUCUCUAUCCCUUUCGCAGACACACUGACCACAAUGUCGGCGGCCAUCGAGUCCUCCGAUCGCAAUAACAUACACGAAGAGCGGUUCCAAUACACGGAUCAGUGGACGAUCACCACAAAGAAGUCCCAUAUAUUGCAGUCGAAAUGUGUGUCGCCUUUCAUUUGCGACAAAACCAAAGACACUGUCAAUGGCUUGUCAUCGGAAGCGGCGGUCGAUUUGGACAGAGUUUGCAUGUGUUGCCGGUAUGAGUAUCUGCUAUCGAUGCCACACAUGCCGGACAUGACUUACGCCAACAAUUGGCUUAUUGUUGACCACAAGACGGGCUUUUCGUUGCGUUUCAAUUGCUUGGAUGCGCUGCGAGUGGUGUCCAAAGAGUUGCCCCGACAUCUGAAAGUGGACGCCGCCGACGAUUGGAUGAAAUCGCGGGCCGACAGCCAAUACACACGCUUUACGGCCAAACCAUUUGACUGGACGUUCACCACCGACUACAAGGGCUCAGCGGUGAGCGUCGCCGACGGCACUGAUGUGGCCACCGAUGGCUCGGCGGGCGUGGAGUUCGCGCCGACUGAUGAGCGCAUAAACAUCGAGCGUCUGAAGCGUAAGGACGAUAUACUCUUCUACGACGACGUGGACCUGUUUGAGGACGAGUUGGCCGAUCACGGAGUGGCCAAGUGUUCGGUCAAAAUUCGAGUGAUGAAACAAUCAUUUUUCAUAUUAAUGCGAUUCUUCCUCCGCAUCGACAACGUAUUGGUCCGCAUGAAUGACACCCGACUGUACCACGAGGUUGGCACAGACUUUAUAUUACGCGAGUAUACGAAUCGGGAGGCGUUCGUGAAGGACCUGCACAUACCGGCGCCCGUACUCAUAGAUCCCGUACAACUGGCCAACCAU